CCAUGUGUACCUCGGGACACGGAGAUGGCGGGAGAUAUCUAAUCAUCUGUUUGCAGCGUUUGCAGUUGGAGCUCCAUGUUGCUUCAUGGAACUUUGCCACCCGCGACCGCAGUGACCACGCUUCUCCUUUCUCACGAAGCACUUCAUCUCCAAUUCUACUUAUCUGGCCAUCUCCAAUUGUGCAUUCUCAUCCUACUCAAUCUUUCUCCCACACACCCGUCUUGGUGCAGCACACUCCGCUGCCCUUCCCUCAAGAUGCCUGCCGCACCUAAGCAGAGAAAGAUCGCGAUCGUCGGCAGUCGCUCUGUGGGCAAAUCUUCUCUCACGGUUCGCUUUGUCGAACAACAUUUCGUGGAGAGCUACUACCCCACAAUCGAGAACACCUUCAGCCGGAUUAUCAAGCACAACGGCCAGGACUAUGCCACUGAGAUCGUGGACACCGCAGGACAGGACGAGUACAGUAUCUUGAAUUCAAAGCACUUCAUCGGCAUUCAUGGCUAUAUCAUUGUGUACUCAGUCACGUCACGCCAGUCAUUUGAGAUGGUCAGAGUCAUUCGAGAUAAGAUCUUGAAUCACCUGGGCGCCGACCAGGUACCAUUGGUCAUCGUGGGAAACAAGAGCGAUCUGAAGGGCGACCAACGACAGGUGACUCUCGAUGAGGGCCGGCAACUGGCUGAAGAGUUCAGCUGUGGCUUCACCGAGGCUAGUGCUUUCCUCGACUUCAAUGUUGCGAAAGCAUUUGACCUGAUUAUUGGAGAGAUUGAGAAGUCUCAAAACCCAUCACAACCCGCCGGGAACAACAAGUGCACGGUGAUGUAAUACCGCCAUUACACGACUGAUCCUCAUCUUUCCAUUCGUGAUGAUGGAAAAUAUGAGAGGGAAUUGCUUUGAUACACGUGCAGGUUCCGAAAUGAUUGAAAUGAGUCUGACUAUGCUGCCUUCUCCCAACCCAAUUCGCCCUUGAGGACGACGAGUCCCAUCUGACAUAUCUCUCGAGGUAUAGUCUGAGCUUUGGCAUGCUGCUUCUCAAUAUUCUCCUGCUGUCCUUUUCUCUUCUGCUGCAUGUUCAGGGCCCUUCCCUUGUAAAGUGGGAUCGACCUACUAGCAGACCCCUCGCACCCUCAAUCACUGCCGCUUUGUUUUCGGGACGGUCUAUUCAAGGUUGCUUCUCUGUGUCUUUUUGGAUUUUGUGGCAUGCUCAGGCUUGGUUGCAUGGAUCAUGGUUUCUUAUUCUUCUUUCUGGUUGUUUUUUACUGUCUUUCUUUACGUACUUAUGCGGGCUAGGGAAUCUGGAUUUGGGUACUCAGCGAGCAUAGAAUAAUCAAAUGGCCACGCAGGCCUUACCUGG